GUCACGAGAGGCUGGAGGCAGUCGCGGCAGCCAUAAUAAUCUGCAGACUCUGAGAGCUCUCGCCACACUUUCGGAACAUGCCUGGAUCCGCCAUGAACGGCGUCGCGGAGCGUAUCGGAUACAUCACUCGGGUCCAGAGCUUCAGCGCAUGUCACCGUCUGCACAGUGUUCACUUGAGCGAUGAAGAUAAUAGAAAGGUCUACGGGAAAUGUAACAAUCUUUACGGCCAUGGACACAAUUAUAAAGUGGAGAUAACAGUGCGAGGAAAGAUUGAUCACAUUACCGGCAUGAUAAUGAACCUGACCGACUUGAAAAGGUGCAUUGAGGAAGUAAUCAUGAUUCCACUUGAUCAUAAGAACCUGGAUAAGGAUGUGCCAUAUUUUGCCAAUAUUGCCAGCACGACUGAGAACCUGGCUGUUUACAUCUGGAACAACAUGGCAAAAGCCAUCACUCCUAACGUCCUCCACGAAAUAAAAAUACACGAGACCGAUAAGAAUAUUAUCGUAUACAGAGGAGAGUAGAUGCCAAUGUCUACCCUCAUUUUGAAGUGCCGUUUAUAAACCUUGUGUGGUUUGCCUACUUGAACUCAAAAACAAUGUUUUGUGAGACAGGUGUCUUAUAAGGCUGGUACUAUUUUUGGUCUGGUAUGUUACUUUUUUGUAUUAAUUAUAUUACAAGCAUUUUAAGAUGAACAGCCAUCUCGUUUUUGAGGGGGUUCAAAUCAUUCUUUCCUAUGUAAAAUACAUUUUUAAUUAGUGGUCAUGGACCUUAUUGUGUGUAACAAGUAUCUGUAUGCACUGAUAUAGUAAAUAAAUUAUUAAAUCCUUUA